ACACGAGGAAGAGGAGGAGGGCGAGGAAGAGGACGAGGAGGCAGCUGAUCAGCAGCUGCUGUGGCAGCAGCAGUGUUUUGGCCUGUCGUGCGGCCCGGGUGGAAAUACUGGUGCAAGUUACAAAACAGGCAAGGGCGGCAAGAAUCGUCCUGAUAUUCAUGACAAUGGUGGUUUUGAAGGAGGCAGGGAUACUUAUGGUAGAGCAAGUGUGGGGAACGAGGAGGGUGGAGGUUCAAUUGAGGGCUAUGUUGAUGCUGGUCCUGGUCCGUCCUCCAAUCCCUUCUCACAUGUUCCCGCCUCUUCAACCACCUCCGACGGCAGCAGCAGUAGCAGUAGCACCAUCACAACCACCACCACCGCCGCCCCCGCCGCCGCCGCUGCUGCUACAGCCGAGACCAUUACGAGAAGUGCUGGUUGCCUGCCUCUUUUUGAACCGCUGCCCACCGCAUCCCACCGCGCCUCGUCUUCUCGCACUGGUCCAUCUCCCGCACCUGGCAGUGGCACUUGUAGCCCUUCAGGCAGAGCAGUCUCUGGUGUUACUGCAUCGUGCCUAGGGGGCCCUGUCUGGCCCGAUCCAUCUAUUGCUCUGGGCAGUGCAGCGUGCGUGGGGAUGUCAGGCAAGGGCAGCAAGCGGCCGGAGGUGCUAGAGCCGCUGCUGGAGGAAGGGAGUGAGGAGGGGGGGAUAUGGGAGGAGGUACAGGAGGAGGAACGUGAUGGGGAUUUGGGUAUUAGUGGGAAUAAGGAUGCGGCUCAACGUGGUGCUGCUGCUAUAGUUGAAAAGGAUGUGGUGGUGGGUUCUGACUCUGUCGUGUUUCAAUCAACAGCCGUCGUUGACCUCCCCCCCUCCUCUUCCAUCAACCCCUUCCCCUCUCCUCUCUUCAGUGCUGACGCUGGAAGGGAGUGGAGUCGCGAGCGCUACCUGGAUCCCAAGAACAUCCAGAGGCAGCAAGCCUACUCCGCCGCUUCCCUCCUGCUGGACUUCUCCUCCCCGGGCAACUCUGCACGAAAACGCAGCUCUGGCAUGUUCGCUUCAGCUGGCUCUGCUUCUGCCUCUGCCUCUGCUUCUGCUGCUGCGUUUCCCGAGCCUGCCUCUUCGGCUAGACACCGGCGCCGUCCCAGCUGGGGAUCGAUACAAGCCUCACCUGCUUUCCCUUCCAAUCGCCCUUCCACUGCUUCUGGAUCCUUCUUCCAUGCAGCCAGUGCCAGCGGUGCCUCCAGUGCCGGCAGUGCUGCCAGUGCUGGCGAUGCAGACCCCUGUCUCGCAACAGCAUCUCCUUCCAAUCAUCCUUAUCAUUCCUCCUCAGGUCUUUCUCUCGCAGCUGACCCCCCUCCUGCACGCCUUUCCACUGCAUCUGACGUCUUCUUCCAUGCUCCCCGUGCUGGUGAUUCUCCUGCUGAUGGAGUAACCAGUGCUAGUGCUUUCCUCAGUGGGACUAACAUCCACCACUCGCCAAGUUCAGGCAGCAUGUAUCCUGCUAGAAGCUUCGGUGGUUCUGAUGCUGUAGGCCAUGCAGACAUGCCCAAAAGAGAAAGGCGGACAAGCAGCAUCCUGCCUUCUUCGUCCUCGCUACCUGCCGAACCUUGCCCACCGGAAGCUGAGGCUUGCGCGCUGGACGCAGUAGCACAGCUGGGGGAACCAAAGAGGAGAAGCUUCACCUCUGGCAACGUCAAGCCAGGCCAGCCAGGAGCAGCAGCAGCAGCAGAGGAACCAGGCUGGCAGGCUGCGUAA